GAGGGGAUGUGCCAGGCUGGUUUGAGGUGAAAUCGAAAUGCUCAGUGUACAGACUUCAGGGAGGAAAUGAGAGACAGAAAGAAGAAAAGGAGUGCUGUAGCUGCACACUUCCAGGGUGUCACUGCUUUACAGUUUCGAGCUUUGAAGUUCUGUCAUCCUUGUCAAGAUCUGGAAGUGCGGGUCAGGAUAUGGCAGUGGCCACAAAUCAAUAGUGGGUUGAAGAGAUGAUUUUGACCGGAGGCUUGAAAUCUCUCCUUCCCCACGUGCUAAGAAGAGUAAUUCGAUGCAACAGACUCAGUAUGAGUAAUACUUCUGGAAUGGCAGAGGGCUACAAACAGGCCAAUGUGGUGAUUUUGCACAAGUCCCUGGCCGAUGACUUUGAGAAGUUUUGCCAGGCGAACGCCGGCCCCCUGCCCCUGCUGUACAGAAGCAAACCAGGUGAUUGGAAAUGUCCUUCUCUGAGUGGUGAUUCUGACAUCAGAACUGACUGCCUGCAGUACAGAAUGUAUGAGCACGGAGCUUGCACUGGGACUCUGAAAAGCCUAAAGGAGUAUUCUGAGCAACUUAAGGACAUGGUGACUUUUUAUUUGGGCUGCAGUUUCUCUUUUGAAAAAGCCGUCCAAAAUGCUGGCAUUCCUGUAAGAAACGUUGAGCAAAAAUGUAAUGUGAGCAUGUAUAAGACAGCUGUGCCUUGCUACAGCAUUUCGACUUUUUCCUGCAACUUAGUAGUCACAAUGAGACCUAUUCCUGAGAGCAAGUUGGAAGCAGCUGUGGUAGCAACAUCUGGAUUAAAAGAAGCUCAUGGAGCACCAAUUCACGUGGGGGACCCUGGCCUGCUGGGAAUACAAGAUCUUUCCAAACCAGAUUAUGGAGACCCAGUUCAACUUCACCCUGGUGAUAUUCCAGUGUUUUGGGCCUGUGGAGUAACAGGAGUAGAAGCAGUCAUCAGCUGCAGAGCUCCAUUAGCUUUUACUCAUUCUCCUGGCUGCAUGUUCAUUACCGACCUAAAGAAUGACAGUGUCACAACCAGGUCCUCAAGAGAAGUCCCACAAGUCCACCGCAUUUCUCAGGAUCCUCUGCAUUACAGCAUCGUGUCAGCAGAAGCAGCCCAAAAGAUAAGGAAUCUAGAGACCCUAAUUGGAAUAGAUCCAGGAGACCGGGGUAUAAUUCAUCUGCUGGGCCGCGAGGAGCUGCUGAAGGCUUGUCUCUCCAUCUCCCACGCCCGCUCCGUGCUGGUGACCACUGGAUUCCCAACCCACUUCACCUACGAGCCGCCAGAGGAAAAUGACGGGCCCCCAGGAGCCCUGGCUAUUGCAGCUGUAUUGCAGGCCUUGGAGAAAGAGGUUGCCAUAGUAACAGAUCAGAGAGCCAUGAAUCUGAAUAAAAAGAUUAUUGAAGAGGCUGUUCAACUAGGAAUCCUGAAGAGACCUGUCCCUCUGUUGAGUUAUCAAAGGGAAAGUGCUGAUUCAGCUCUAAUGUUUUUGUGUGAGAACGGGAAUCCUGGAAAACCUAGAUUUGAUCACCUGAUAGCGAUAGAGCGCGCUGGGAUGGCUGCUGAUGGCAAUUACUACAAUGCCAGGAAAGUUAACAUUAAACACUUGGUGGAUCCCAUAGAUGAACUGUUUUUAGCUGCACAAACCAUUCCAGGAAUUGCAACAACAGGUGUUGGAGAUGGAGGAAAUGAAUUAGGAAUGGGCAAAGUAAAAGAUGCUGUGAAGAAGCACAUAAAAAAUGGAGAUGUUAUAGCUUGUGAUGUUGAAGCUGAUUUCACUAUUGUAGCUGGGGUCUCUAACUGGGGAGGCUACGCCAUCGCUUGCGCCCUCUAUAUCCUCAGCACUUGUGAGAUCCACGAGCGCUACCUGAGGAAAGCUGUUGGGUUUCCACCGUUAUCCAAGCAGAGGUGCUGGCUGUCAGCACUUCCAUCAGUCACCAAGGAAGAGAAGCUUCUGAAAGCACUCGUGCAGCUCGGGGUCCGCAGUGGGAAAACUGCCAGCCUGGAAAUGGAGGUGGACGGGCUGCCCUUCUACGACACCCAUUCGCUUAUGAUUGAAAAGCUGCUGAAAGAAGUGCAGCAGGGACUGUCCUAAUGAUUCCUGUAUCCAGAACUGCUCCCGUGCCCUUUCCGUGCUCCCCAGCCUCUCACAAGGCACAGACAGUCAGAAAAAGGUGACUUCUCUUGGCUGCACACAACCUUUCCUGGUUACCUUCACAACAUCUCUGAGAAGCAAGAAGGGGAUCUUAUGAGGAUGAUUCGGUCUGCCUUUCUGUUCUGUAAUUUUAUAAUGGAUACCGGGCAUUAAAUGAUACUAUAUGCCAAGAGGUGAUCUGUCUUUUAUAAAAGAAACCUUGUCAUUAAAAUGAAAUGCAGUUGCGCUGCUGUUCCUGUUUUACUACCCUCCUAACUGCAAGGGGAAGUCACUCUUGCAGCAGCUUGGAUUUAAAAAUACUUUGUGGUGGGGAAAACAGCUGCAGUGGAGACGGGAGGUUGGAAACACAAAAAAAGAAAGCCUCCAGGAAGCACCACAGCAGUGAAAGUUGUUAAAUACAGCCCCCCUCCCCGCACACCUCCUGCAGGCCAUGGUGCAUAGUGCCUGGAAGGGUGAGGGGUAAGGGGAGGGCUUUAACUCAGCUCAUGAAAAUAGGGGAAGCUUCUGCAGAGCUUCUGCGUCAAGGACAGGCUGUACCCUUUGCCUCCUUCCUAUUAGUAGUUUGCCAUUUGUAUAUUUUGUCCCUUUCUGGGUAAUACAGAAAAGCUGUACACAUUUCAGGGUGUCCUGUUG